UUGUGUCGAAAUAUUUAAAUAUUUUAACUUUUCCAAUAUGGCUGGUAAUGAGGCUGGACAUGGUGCUAUUGUCAGAAAUAGAGAUUUGAUUGAUGUGUGGAUAGAAGCGCCGAGAGGAAAUAGAAAACAGGUGGUUUAUGAAAAGAUAUUAUCUCCUAUUGAUAUAACAGAUGAACCUUCCAAACAUCUUAAAAGUAAUAUUAUGAAAUGCAGCCAGUUGCUUGGGUUGAAAAUGGCAAAUAAAUGGCAGAAAGUAGGACAAUCUCGGAAUCGACUUUUACAAAAUCAGGUUCGUGGGCCUGAAAACAAAGCUAUAGUCGAAGCAAACAAAAAACGAAUCCAAGCAGAGUUCAGAGCCAAGCUGUCUCUAAUAGUUGACAAACCAAAACCCGGGUAUGGCUCCUCAAAUGAUGGCAAUACGGCCAGAAUUUUUUUCCACAAUCCACAAACAAGUUCAGAUAUCACAGGGGUUGACAGGAAAUUAAUCGAGAAAUUUGCGAUCAUCUUAGGAGUGUUAGCUAGUGGUUGCGCUAUUGAUAUGGAAAAGUUUGCGUCAUUGCUGAAAGAAGCAAGAAAUUUGUAUAUCCACCUUUAUAAGUGGUACAACAUGCCAAACACGGUACAUAAGGCCCUUGUUCAUGGUUGUGAGAUAAUUGAUGCAUUUUAUUUGCCCAUUGGAGAACUGUCGGAGAAUGCGCUUGAGGCUCGCCAUAAAGAGGCUAGGAAACAUCGAUUAUCUCACACCAGAAAAUGUUCAAGAACAGAUAAGAAUAAGGAUCUCAUGCGUGUUCUUUUACUUACUUCUGAUCCUUUUAUAUCCUCAAAAAGAAAGGUGAGCUCAAAAAAAUAUAAGAAAUGCAACGAGGCAGUUCAGAACUAUUUAAAAAGGCAAGAAAAUGAUGAUUUAGGUAUUGACUUAGGUACAAUAACGAAUGACACAGCACCGAGCAAGAAAUCCUAUUCCGAUUAG